AUGCCUGCUUUGCUCAGGCCUGCACUCCCGCCGUAUCUCAUGAUUUCGGAGGAGCACCGGUUCCUUUUCUGCGGCAUCCCGAAGGUGGGCCUCACGGAGUGGCUGCACCUCUUCUUGCGCGUGACCGGCGACUCCGCUUGGAACACAACUAGGCCGUGGGACUAUGUGCACUACACCGCCAAAAGGCAGGCCUUCAGCAUGAAAAAGUUGCAGAUCUCGGCGCAGCGUUGGGAUGAGAUCAUGCGCGACCCAGGCUUCGUCAAGGCGGCGCUCGUUGCACGGAAGACCCGAUACACCAAGGCUUUCUUGGACGUGACCAGGAGGACCGGAAACCUCAGUUUCUCCGACUUUGUGUCUUUGCAGAACUUGUCCUCGACGGUCGACCUACACUGGCGACUGCAGACAAACGUGUGCGGCUUCGGCCACAUACCUUACAAUUUUGUGGGCGACUUUGGACGUGUCCAGGAGCACGCUCGGGCACUUCUGCGCCUCGUCGGACUCUGGGAUACCUUUGGGGCACAUGAUUGGCCUGGUGGCGGUGAUGGCUCAAUGUUUAGCCGCAACACCACUCAGAGCAAACAUUUCACUGGUGCCUCGGAAAGGGUGGCGAUGUUGUUCACACCCAGGCUGCUCAGAAAGGUGGAAGACGAGUACAGGGCAGACUAUGCCGUGAUAAACUCGGUACGCUGGGGGCUGCAAGAGCGAGCAUGA